AUGGACGAUACCCUCACCGGCGAAUACGUUCCUGAAGGCGCAGGGACCGCCAAUCCCAUAAUCGUCCGAACAGUGUGGAUCAUAACCCAUUUCUCACCCAGCGUUCGGCGAUCCGGUGCACUCACAUACGGGCACAACCGAUAUCUUACACAGCUGAGCCAUCUGAUAGAGACGUUUCAGGCCAGUAUCAGCCUAUCUCUGCCUUCUCCUCUACCAACCUAUGACAAAUUUCUCGAUGUGGCAAGGCCGAUUGCUCGAGAGUUAGCCAACAGCAUCAGCGAUACCUCGUUUCAUUUCUGUUUCGUGGCCGAUCGCGACGGUUCAGAAUGCAAGAAAUGGAAUGCUUAUUUGCACAAUUUCCGGCUAGAAGAACGUCCCGAAGUGGAUCCCGCGACUCUGGAAUUAGCCAGAAAAGUAGGAGAGGAGUUUUGUGUGGAUGCUUCUGAGGGCAAUGGUGCUACACACUCUCCCAAGAUCAGUGAUGUCGCUGACUCUGGAGACACCGAGACCUCCACAGGUGAUCAUGGCGCUGAGCGCUCGCCGACCAAAUCCAGCUAA